AUGAGCACUCCCACAUCAGAGCUGACGUCCAAUGUCCAGUUUGACCAGCCCGAAUCCCCUACCAACCUCUCCACCAAGCGCAAGAUGUACGGCUCUGGAUCCCAGACCGGCGUGUCCACGCCACGUUCACAAGCUGUCUCUCGCCCCCUCACCCUGACCCACGGCUCCCUCGAAUACAACUUCCUAAUACCCACCGCCUUACAUUUCAACGCGACACAGCUGAAAGACGCCUUCCUUCAGACCCUCCCCGAACCGACAGAUGAGCUUGCCCAGGAUGACGAGCCUUCAUCCGUCACCGAAUUGGUCGCCAGAUAUGUGGGCUUCGUUGCGAAGGAAGUCGAGGAAGGCGAAGACCCCGAGGUCUUCAGUGAGGUCCUCAAGUUGGUUCUCCAAGAAUUCGAGAGAGCUUUCUUGCGCGGCAAUGAGGUCCACGCCAUUGCUGCCAACUUGCCCGGCAUCGCGGAGAAGAAGCUGGCCACAGUCCAGGCCUAUUACGCAGCGCGCGCCGCAACCAAGCGACCCGUCCGAGCACACGAGUCGGCGCUUCUCCGCGAGGCUGCAGACGAGAAUGCCUACAUCUACGCCGUCUUCGGCGGGCAAGGCAACAUUGAGGAGUACUUCGACGAGCUGAGAGAGAUCUACACCACCUACCCUUCGCUGGUCCGAGAUUUCCUCAAGGUCGCUGCGCAACAUCUCUUGUUCCUUUCCAGAGACCCCCGAGCUGUCAAGAGCUAUGCAAAAGGCUUGGAUAUCUUAAGAUGGCUGGACAACAAAGACUCGGAACCAGAUGUUGACUACUUGGUCUCUGCACCCGUCAGCUUUCCAUUGAUCGGACUCACCCAGCUGGCCCACUAUGUUGUCACAUGCCGAGUGCUCGGCACACACCCAGGCCAUGUACGCGACAGACUUGCCGGAAGCACUGGACACUCGCAGGGUGUCGUCACAGCAACUGCCAUUGCUGCUUCGUCAAAUUGGGAAACCUUCGACAAGCAGGCCCGCAAUGCCCUCACAAUCCUGUUCUGGAUCGGCGCACGAAGCCAGCAGGCGUAUCCGAGGACAUCGCUUUCACCAAAUGUCCUGCAAGACUCGAUCGAUGCUGGUGAGGGCGCACCCACACCUAUGCUCACAGUUCGCGACUUGCCACGUGAGACGGUUGAGAAGCUCAUCGCGACCACGAACCAGCAUCUGCCUGAAGACAGACACAUUGGCAUCUCCCUAGUGAACAGCGCGAGAAAUUUUGUUGUCACUGGACCCCCAAUGUCUCUCUACGGGUUGAACUUGCAGCUCCGCAAGAUCAAAGCUCCCACAGGAUUAGACCAGACUCGGGUGCCCUUUACUGAGCGCAAAGUCCGAUUCGUGAACCGAUUCCUCCCCAUUACCGCGCCUUUCCACAGCCCGUACCUGAAAGAGGCCAUUAAGCAUCUCCAGAGCGAUCUCGGGGAAAUCGUCAUUGCUGCUUCUGAGCUGGGCAUCCCCGUCUACGACACUUACACGGGCGAUGACUUACAGGAGAAGAAGGGUGAGAACAUUGUGCCUUCGCUGAUCAAGAUGAUCUGCCAGGAUCAAGUGCUUUGGGAGAAGGCAACCGUCAUGCCAAACGCUACACACAUCCUUGACUUUGGUCCAGGUGGGAUUUCUGGUCUCGGCGUUCUCACGAACCGCAACAAGGACGGUACUGGUGUUCGCGUCAUUCUUGCUGGUACAAUGGACGGUACGAAUACGGAGGUCGGAUACAAGCCCGAAAUCUUCGAUCGUGAUGCAGAGCAUGCGGUCAAGUACGCCGUGGACUGGCUGAAAGAGUACGGUCCAAAGUUGGUCAAGACAUCUGCCGGGCAGACAUUUGUGGAUACCAAGAUGAGCAGACAGCUCGGCUUGCCGCCUGUCAUGGUUGCGGGCAUGACGCCUUGCACAGUCCCAUGGGACUUCGUGUCGGCGACCAUGAACGCUGGAUACCAAAUCGAGUUGGCCGGCGGAGGGUACUACAACGACAAGAGCAUGUCGGAGGCCAUUUCGAAGCUCGAGAAGUCAAUUCCAGCUGGACGUGGUAUCACGGUCAACUUGAUCUACGUGGCUCCUCGUGCCAUGGCGUGGCAGAUUCCGAUGAUUGCACGACUGCGUGCUGAAGGCGUGCCUAUCGAAGGGUUGGUCAUCGGUGCCGGUGUUCCUUCGAUCGAGGUUGCAAACGAGUACAUCGAGACGCUCGGCAUCAAGCACAUCGGUUUCAAGCCAGGGUCAAUGGAAGCUAUCCAGCAGGUCAUCAACAUUGCCAAGGCCAACCCUAAAUUCCCAGUCUUCAUGCAGUGGACAGGUGGCCGUGGCGGUGGCCAUCAUUCCUACGAGGACUUCCACCAGCCAAUUCUGUCCAUGUACAGCCGCAUCAGGCGCUGCGAGAACAUUGUUUUGAUCGCUGGCUCCGGGUUUGGCGGCGCCGAGGACACUUAUCCAUACCUCAAUGGCCAAUGGGCGCGCAAGUAUGGCUACCCUCCAAUGCCAUUUGAUGGUGUCAUGUUCGGAAGCCGAUGCAUGGUCGCCAAGGAGGCAUACACCUCGAAGAUGGCCAAGCAGGCUAUCGUUGAUGCAGAGGGUCUUGAAGACCAUGAGUGGGAGAAGACCUACAAGGGCCCAGCUGGUGGUGUGAUCACCGUUCGAUCUGAGAUGGGCGAGCCCAUCCACAAGAUUGCAACUCGUGGUAUCAAGUUCUGGGCGGAGAUGGACCAGAAGAUCUUCAGCUUGGACAAGGCCAAGCGCAUCCCCGAGCUCAAGAAGAACCGCGAGUACAUCAUUCAGAAGCUCAACGACGACUUCCAAAAGCCCUGGUUCGGCAGGAACAAGGCCGGCGAGAGCGUUGAUCUUGAGGAUAUGACGUACGGCGAGGUCCUCCAGAGGAUGGUCGAGUUGAUGUAUGUCAAGCACCAGAAGCGCUGGAUCGACAAGUCUCUUGCACGCCUGACCGGUGACUUCAUCCGCCGUAUCGAGGAGCGUUUCGCACCCGACGGCGCCGGAUCGAUCAUCCAGAACUAUAGCGAGCUCCAAGAUCCAUUCAACACCGUCAAGAAGGUGUUGGAAGCCUACCCCGAGUCCGAUGUGCAGCUCAUCAACGCCCAGGAUUGUCAGCACUUCUUGCUGCUCUGCCAACGCCGUGGACAGAAGCCAGUGCCCUUCGUGCCCUGCCUCGAUGACACCUUUGAAUUCUUCUUCAAGAAGGAUUCUCUGUGGCAAUCCGAGGACUUGGACGCCGUUGUCGACCAAGAUGUUGGGCGCGUUGCCAUCUUGCAGGGUCCAAUGGCUGUCAAGUACUCCAAGAUUGUCGACGAACCGAUCAAAGACAUCUUGGACAGUGUUCACCAGGGUCACAUCAAGAGCCUCACACAAGACCUAUACGGCGGCAAUGAUAGCAGGAUUCCACACGUAGAAUACUUCGGAGGCAAGCUCAUUGAGGCUAGCGACGACACCAAUCUGGAAGGUCUGACCGUCAAUGAGACGGAGCACAAGAUCUUGUAUCGAUUGUCGGCGAUGUCGAGCACACCAAUGGUAGCCGUCGAGAACUGGAUGCAGGUUCUCGCCGGCAGAGCGCACACCUGGAGGCACGCCUUCUUCACGGCCGAUGUCUUUGUUCAAGGUCAACGAUACCAGACCAACCCCAUGCACCGCAUUUUCGCACCAACGCCUGGCAUGCUCGUUGAGAUCCUCUACCCCAACGAUCCCAAACGCACCGUCAUCAGCGUCAAGGAGCCCAGCCAUGGCACCCAGUACAAGCAGACCAUCGAAGUCGGACCCAUGUCGAACAACGAGAUUGUGGUCAAGAUGAUCGAAGAUCGCACCGUUUCUGGCAGGCCUGUUGCUCUGCCUCUUCGUUUCACUUACCAUCCAGAGACCGGAUAUGCGCCAAUCCGUGAAGUCAUGGAAACCAGGAACGAUCGCAUCAAGGAGUUCUACUACCGCAUCUGGUUCGGAGACGAGUCAGUACCGUUUGACACUCCUGUCACCUCACGCUUCGACGGCGGCAGAGCGACUGUCACGAGCGAGGCUAUCAAUGAUUUCGUCCACGCAGUCGGUAACACAGGAGAAGCAUUUGUUGACCGACCUGGUAAGGAAGUGUUCGCUCCAAUGGACUUUGCCAUCGUCGUGGGGUGGAAGGCGAUUACGAAGCCCAUCUUUCCGAGGAAGAUUGACGGAGACUUGCUUAAGCUUGUCCACCUUUCCAACGGCUUCCGCAUGAUCCCCGGUGCCGCUCCACUUAAGAGGGGCGACGUCUUGGAUACGACUGCUGAGGUCAACGCCGUCAUCAAUCAGGAGUCAGGAAAGAUGGUCGAGGUUUGCGGCACCAUCACCCGUGAUGGCAAGCCAGUCAUGGAGGUCACCAGCCAGUUCUUGUACCGCGGCGCGUACACCGACUUCGAGAACACCUUUCAGCGAAAGGUCGAGACCCCCAUGCAAGUGCACCUUGGCUCCACCAAGGAUGUCGCUGUCCUGCAAUCCAAGGAGUGGUUCAAGCUUGAGAAUACCGACAUUGAUCUCCUCGGCCAGACUAUAGUGUUUAAGCUGCAGAGCCUGGUUCGGUACAAGAACAAGACUGUGUUUUCUUCAGUCCAGACUAUUGGCAACGUUGAACUCGAGCUGUCAACGAAGGAGAUCAUCAAGAUUGCCUCGGUGGAGUACGAAGCUGGUGCCUCAUACGGCAAUCCAGUCUUGGACUACUUGACUCGCAAUGGCUCUGCGCUUGACCAGCCUGUCAACUUCGAAAAUCCAAUUCCACUCAGUGGCAAGACCCCUCUGGUACUGAAGGCGCCCUCAUCUAAUGAGGCGUACGCUCGCGUCUCGGGAGACUACAACCCGAUCCACGUUUCUCGAGUGUUCUCGCAGUAUGCUGGUCUUCCGGGCACCAUCACUCACGGCAUGUACUCAAGUGCUGCUGUGCGAAGCCUCGUCGAGACAUGGGCAGCCGAGAACAACGUCGGCCGUGUUCGGAGCUUCCAUGCCUCACUGGUCGGCAUGGUGUUGCCAGAUGACACAAUUGAAGUCAAGUUGCAGCACGUCGGUAUGGUGGCUGGACGUAAGAUCAUCAAGAUCGAAGCCCAAAAGGCCGAAACCGAAGAGAAGGUGCUCCUCGCGGAAGCUGAAGUAGAACAGCCAGUCUCGUCCUACGUGUUCACCGGCCAAGGAUCGCAAGAACAAGGAAUGGGUAUGGAGCUCUACAAUUCAAGCGCCGUCGCAAAGGACGUGUGGGAUCGUGCCGACAAGCACUUCCUCGACAACUAUGGUAAGUCCAGCCAAUCAGUAGACCCUCGGGUGGUUGGGUCAGCAACGCUAACAAUUCUCAGGGUUUGCCAUCACCAACAUCGUCAAGAACAACCCCAAGGAACUUACCAUCCAUUUCGGCGGUGCCCGAGGAAAGGCCAUUCGCAAAAAUUACAUGGACAUGACGUUCGAAACUGUGGCGGCAGACGGCAGCAUCAAAUCCGAGAAGAUCUUCAAGGAGAUCACCGAGGAGACAACUUCGUACACCUACCGCUCCCCUACCGGCUUGCUCUCUGCGACUCAGUUCACUCAGCCUGCUCUGACACUCAUGGAGAAGGCCUCCUUCGAGGAUAUGUUUGCCAAGGGAUUGGUUCAGAGAGACAGCAGCUUUGCUGGGCAUUCCCUUGGUGAGUACAGUGCUCUGGCCGCCUUGGCCGAGGUCAUGCCCAUUGAGAGCUUGGUGUCGGUCGUCUUCUACCGCGGCUUGACAAUGCAAGUCGCCGUGGAGCGUGACGAGGCUGGUCGCUCCAACUACUCCAUGUGCGCCGUCAACCCAUCGCGUAUCAGCAAGACCUUCAAUGAGCAAGCCCUUCAGUACGUGGUCGAGAACAUUGCCGAAACGACCGGCUGGCUCCUGGAGAUUGUCAACUUGAACGUCCACAACCAGCAGUACGUCUGUGCCGGUGAUCUGCGCGCGUUGGAUUGCCUCACCAACGUCACCAACUAUCUCAAGGCUCAGAAGAUCGACAUCCAACAGCUCAUGCAGACCAUGAGCCUGGAGGACGUCAAGUCUCACCUGACUGAGAUCAUCAGGGAGUGCGCCAAGCAAACGGACGCCAAGCCCAAGCCCCUGGACCUGCAGCGUGGAUUCGCCACGAUCCCUCUCAAGGGUAUUGAUGUGCCUUUCCAUAGCACCUUCUUGCGCUCUGGCGUCAAGCCUUUCCGAUCGUUCUUGCUUAAGAAGAUUCACAAGACGAGCAUUGACCCCGGCAAGUUGGUUGGCAAAUACAUUCCCAAUGUUACCGCGAAGCCAUUUGAGCUUACGAAGGAGUACUUUGAGGAUGUGUACCGAUUGACGAAGAGCCCCAGGAUCGGAAACAUCUUGGAAAACUGGGAGACGUAUGAGUCGGACGAGCCUAAUAUCCAGAGGCCGCGGGCUGGCAGUGUGGCUGUGCCUUCAUCGUAG